GGGGCAGCGGCUGCUGGUGCUGCUGCUCUGCCUCAGCCUCUCGGGCGGGAGCCCCGCAGAUCCAACUAUGACAACACAAGAUGCCAGUCAGUCUCAGGCAAACUCUUUGACUAAGAUGCGAGCUGGACUUAAUGAGUCAUCUCCUGAGCCCAUGACAACUACACGAACUGUCAGCUGGCAAACUCAGGGGAGCCCUUCCGAUCAUUUGACACUUGGACAUAAUGUAUCUACACCUGGUCCAGAUCUUGCCACACAAGAGUUCAAGCAGGCAACCAAAGGGAACGUGUCUAAUGUCACUUUUGUGGAGUAUGAGGUACUCCUACCUGGUGUUUCUGGUACUUCCAUGGAAAAAAAUAUCACUUUGGACAGUGCAACUGGAAUUGAACUUUCAUGCAGAUUGGACAACAAAUAUUCUAAUUCGAACAUUUUUCAGGUGAUUUGGAAGAAGGGAAAUGAAACAAUCAGACACAUAAAUAAAACCGAAAACAGCUGGAGCAUCCAAUUGAGGAUCCUGAAUAACAGUAAGCUGGGAAGUUACAGUUGUACUUUGAAAGGUGAAGAAGAAAUCAGCGCGGUGUUUCAUUUACAAGUACCGAAAAUUGAAGGAAAAGAAAAACCCAUAGUCAGUUAUGAAGGAGAUACAGCUGUAAUGGUUUGUAAAAGUUUUGGCUAUACUCCCAUUGCUUGGACCUGGUAUAUGACCAAUGGAAGUGAACAGAUUGCCAUUAAUGACUCUUUGCUGGCAGACAAGUAUGUAAUUAAUAGAGUAUCUGCCAAUGCAACCCAUCUGAAGAUACUGAAGCUCACCAAGGAAGAUGAUGGUGCAUAUUGGUGUGAAGCUGCUUUUGAAUUAGGGAGAAGUAAAGGAAAGCUGACACUUAAAGUUCUGUCCCUCAUGGUGCCUCUCAAACCCUUUCUAGCAAUUGUGGCUGAAGUUAUUACUUUAGUAACUAUUGUUUUCCUUUAUGAGAUGUAUUCGAAAAAGAAAGAGAAAUGUGCAGAAGACGAAAAAGAAUUUGACCAAGUUGAGCAACUCCCUAACAGUCCUAGUAAAUCGGAAGAAAGCAAUGGUCUGGAAAACAGCAGUGCUAGGCACAGAAGAAUUUAAUCUGGUUCCUAAAAAAGAGAUUUAAGCCAACAGAAGUGGAAAUCAUCACAAAGCUACAGAAGAUGUAUGCGGCUCUGCAUUUUAACAAUCCACUAUGCUUCUAAGUAAACUACUCUACACUUAGGAGAAAUAAGAUGCUUUUAAAAUAGCUGUGAAAGUGCUCAUUUUAUACAGAUGAUAAUGUAUUCUGAUAUACUGCAUUUAGACCUUUGCUGUCUGCAACAUUGUUUGUCAUUUUACUACUCAAAGGUGGGUUUUAUGUGAUCAGACUUCCUGUUGUUUUAUGACUGAUCUGUUUGAUUUUAUGUCCUAAAUUGGAACUAACCUUGCGUUCACUGAAUGAACAGGUAAUAUAGAAUGGGCCUAUUAUCUGACUGUUACAAAGCAGGACUUGUAAGAUGAAAAAAGUAUUUCCACCAAAGAAAAUGCCUUUUACUAGCAGAUGAAGCAAAUGUGACACAGCCAUUUUUACCAAAGAAACGGUCAAAGGGAAAUCUUUAUCAUGAUUUAAAUGAAACAUUACCAAUUUUGCAAUUUGCUCUGAACAAUAAAAAGUCUUCGUUCUAACUUUCCUUAGCUGCAUUUAAAUAAGAAAGAAAUAUAGGUACGUGCUGAAUACUGAAGAUACAAAUUUUCUUAAGAAGUCCUGCCAUAUGUCUGUGCUACUAUACUGUAAUGCCAGAUAGGCUAAACACUUAAAUACUGUACAGAUCAGAUAUUUCAGCAGUAUUUCAGAGUAGAUGAAAGACGCAAAGGGGAUACAGUACCAUAUCAGAAUAUAACUGAAACAAUUCAUUAUGCUUGCACAAGUUACUGCAGGAUCUGAGGGCUGCAGGACCAGUUUUGCGAUUAUAAUCUAUACAGAACACAGAAAUUUCACAAAUAUACCUAUAUGGUUCUUAUCAUACAUCCUGUCUAGUUGGUACUUUUACUUCUUGUGGCAUACUGUAUUGUUCCUUCACCUCUGUGCUCUGAGAGGAGUUUGUCUUGAGCAGCUAAAAUUUUCAGGGUAAUAGGAUAAAGCAACAUGAAUACCAUUAGUUCUCUUAUACAUAAAAUUGUGACAUUGCUGUUAAGACUUAUGAUAUUGCUUUAGAAGAGCUAGUUGCCAUAAUUUUAAACAUACCAUUUGAAAAAUGUGCAGCUAAUAGAAAAACAGUUGAUUGCAUUAGUUGCCUUUGCUUGCUAAUCCAAAAUAAAAAUAAGAAAAACUUCCAUUUUAAGAAAGGGAAAAGUAAGGUCUUCAAAAGAAUUUCUUCUCUCAACAAAAAUGUGAGGAAAAAAACAGGCAGCAUUUCCAAACUCCCUAGGGAGGUGAAAGGAAAAAGCAUCUAAAUAGAAUUUCCUCAAACUGGUCAUUUCUCUUUGAACAUGGAUAAAGGAAUACAGAAAAACAAAAGAUAAAAUAGAUUUAAUUCCCUUCCUUUGUUUUUGUUCUAUUUUACUGUUCUUAUGGGUUUGAAAAUAUCAGAAAGCCUAACAUUGGCUGUUUUGUUGGAGAUGGGGGACAAAAUCCAGUCUGAUCUAUGCUUUUUUGGUUUUCAUAGUUUAUUUUGCAGCUUUAACAACUACAAGUUGAAGUCCAAAUAAAAAACAAUGGGAAGUACAUAAGCAUUAAGUGAUUGACUGUAAGGGCUGAACACUGAUAAAGAUUUCCCUUGCUAAGUUACUGUGUUUAUUGUAUUUUGCCUUGGAGUUUCUAUGCACUAUAAAAACCAGAAUGCAUUUACACAUUUUUAUAUGAAUUUAUUGUUGAUAUAACAGCACUUUUGUUGUAGGAAGUAAACGUUUGCAGUUUAAAAAUAUUUACUUCUGUAUUGAUUGUUUGAAACAUUUUAUUUUUUGUAGAAAAUAGAUGUUUUGUAGGAAAUUCAGUAGUAAAAGUUAAGCUUACUGACAGAUCUAAGAAUUAGAUUCUGAGUAAAGCAGAAUUAAUAUCUUUUGCAACAAAAAGGAGGCUAGGUACUAUCUGGAAAAAAGCCCACCUUUCAAUCAGAAAUGGUAACAACUUAUUUCUAUCUUCAGUGAGCAUUCCUACCUGAUCUUGAAAUUGUGGUGUGAAGUCUUGGCCAACAUAGGCAAGGUACAUGAAUAGAUACUUUUUUGGUGUUAGCAAACAAGGGCUGCACUGAAGGCAGGCAGGAACUGGAGAACCUGGAUUAAGCAUGGGUUUUAGAUCUAUGAUGUGUUCCUUGUAUCAGGAUUGUAUGAGACUUCGGUCAAAUUGGCUGCUGUAACUGUAGUUCUGUCUUGACCUGCCUCUAGCAUGUUCUGUUUGCCAUGUCUGCAAGGGGUUUGGUGUGUAUUUUUAGGUUGGUGAGUAGUUUUUCAUCUUGGUAAGUGGUUUUAUUCCUUGUAUGUCUGCCUAGGUUCAAGACUUCCUGGGUUCCCCUACAGGGGGGGAAUAAUAAAUAAUAUUAAAUGAUAAAUAUUAAAUAACUGGCAUAAUUAGUGGUCAUAACAUCAAAAGGCAUAAACUCUACUUUUUUAGUCCAGAUACCACACAGGAAGCUCUGGAAAUAUAGAAAUGUGUAUUUUAUGAGAAAUACAUGUUGUAUAUGUUCAAAACAUUCCUACUGCAGUUGCUUGGUAUAUCCGCUUUAUUAUGCGAACAUAGCCUUCAAUAGAACAAAAAUUUGGCAACCUUAAAGCCAAAACUCUAGGCAAUGAUUUUUUUACCUCGUUCAAGCCAAGAGAUACCAAAUGAGAGCCAAAACAAUUCUGAAGAUAUUUUCUUUAAACAGCAGUUAGAGCUAAGUGUAAGGAUCCACAAAAUUAAUUUUAAUAACAAACAUUAAUCUGUAGGCUGAGUCUAACAGAUUUGUUUGGCAAAUCUUGUCUUCCAAGAUAAAAUCCUUGUUUUCUUGCAAGAGGUGAUAUGUUAUUGGUUUCUAUACCGACAAAAGUCUUAUCCAUUUCUUAGAGGAAAAGAUUAAAGUCUGCAAAAGAAUCCUGAAGGGUUGUUUCCAAAUGUUUGAAACUGGUCACUGCAAAUUCCUCCUUUCCAUAGGUCCAAAGUAGGCACAAGCAGCUGUGAGACCAGAUUCCUAGUGGAGAUUGACAAAUAUUAGAAGAGUUUCCAAACUGUGAGCUCAGAUAGAACUGUAUGAAUAUUUCAUUAGGAUGGAGGCCUGUACCCCCUAGUGGGCCAAGAUAAUUAAGUGAUCAGCUAUAGGUCAUUUGACACAUGUAAUCCCAAGGGAGAGAGGGAAAACCCAUCAGUAUUGAUGAUGAUACUGAAAUCAGCAUCCAUGUGCCUCUAACUCUUUUUCAGCCAAAGAAAGUGAGGUUUAUAUUCUGCCUUUAAAUUCACCCUCAACUUUUCAACACUGACUGCUAAGCAAUUAAAAUUAGAAAGAAACCGAUUGUCUUCAGUGUAGGGGGAGUUUUUCAGUUGAGUGGUUCUCUAAGUGUUGAGCUACCCAGCACAUGCAGGCUGACCACAAUUAGCCAUGUCUUGUUGGGAGUUCUAGCUGGGAGCUCCCCAAAAUUAGGAAGGGGCAAGGAGUGAGGAAGAAACCAGUUGAGCAUGGUUGUAGGGACAUGGGAAGGACCUGCAGGUAUUCCAUAGGGGUCCUGAGCGACAGACAGCAGGAGCUGAGAUGACUUGCAGUUAGAUGUGUACAGGGAAGAUAGAGUGCAGAUCUGUAGGAGAAAACAUUUUUUUACCUGUGCCAUUCAGAGUGUUUGUGUAGGAAGUUCUGUGCAGUGACUGAAAACAAUCUGCCAUUGCUAAGCACUUGCACAGGUGAAAACACAAAGCCAAGUGAUAUGUUUCCUAAGAGAAUCGGAAGUUAGAUCCUUGGAAUAUUCUUCUCCACUGGUUUUAAAUAGUUUUGCGGUCUUGUUACUUUCUUAUGCCAGAAUGUGCAUAUAUAAUGCAUUAAACAAUUCUUUAUGGAAAAAAAUAACCCAAGUUCCAAACUUUACAACUCGUGACUAAAACUCCUUGAAUUGUUUAAAUUUACUGUUGAUAACUGAGUUCAUUUUUGUAGUUGAAUUUUGUAAGACUUCAAACUUGUAAUGUUUGUUCCAUCUUAGCCAGAGUGAUUGUUUUUCUUCUAUACAGAAACUUCAUCUGAUUUGUUUUUCCAUUCAGCCUUUUAUUUAACCAAAGACUUUUGUUCUUUUUUAUUAUUAGGGUGAUAUUUCUAUCAACUGACUUCCUGAAUUAUUUUCAAAUUGAUAUUAAAAGUUAUGUAACAGUGCCUUGAAGGAAUUUGUUUACUGUAAAGUUCAUUUUUCUCUUUUGCAAUAUGUUUGGUAAAAGUUUCAGAGGAAACUUGACAGCAAAAUCUAUUUUUCUAGUGAAAGACUACUAAGCCUAAUGCUUUUAUCAUGCUUGCCUUAUUUUACAUUCUGGUUUUAUACUCAGUGCUCACUCAACUGUUUUAUUGUUUUGCUUGAGCAGUAAGAUGUAUACAGAAAACAGAAUAGCCUCUGUAAGUUUGAUGUAUAUGAAAUAACAUGGAGAGUAGUUAUGACUAGUGUGAACUGAUAAUAUUGUACUUGCAAAUAAUUCCAAUAAAUUUAACCAUGAAGAA